AUGGAUGUUGAAAAUCAAAACCCAGAUUCAAACUUUCCGUUCUGGAAACCCGUUCCUCGCAGGUUCCAACCGGAUUCGCCUUUCUUCGCUAUCGGUAACCUCGAACGAGAACUUCUUGUCAAACAGGUUGCUUUGGAGUUUACAGAAGAGAAGGAACAGAUUGAGAGUUUUAUACAAGAAGAUGAUAGGGAAGUCUUCUGUCCUAUUGUUGGGUGUGGAGCGCGUUUGGCUUCAAUGGAGGACUUUGAAAAUCACUAUAAUGCAAGACAUACUGCAUCCUGUACUGCAAAAGUUGCACGUGGCUAUGAUAUGUAUGAAUGCUUAGUGGAAGGUUGUGGUUUGAAAUUCAAAAGCUACAAAAGUAGGCAGCAGCAUCUGGUCGACAAGCAUAAAUUCCCGACAUCAUUUGAGUUUUUCAAGAAGGCUCUGCCUUCAAGAAAACAGAGAAAGAAGUCUCAACGCAAAAAACCUUCUCAUAAGGAGGAUACUUCAGGAAUGAUGGAAGUGGAAAAUGCAGCCAUAGAUGACCUUGUUUCAGCAGUCUCUAGAUUGAAUACAUCGGACUCCACUCCUUCCUCUAUCAGCUUUGGUCGUCGUAACACCAAAGGCUUGUCAUUUGUUCCUCGGGCUGUUCAGCAUGGGAAGGGAUCAAACUCGGGUUAA